UUGGGUCCGGAGCUGGACGCCUUCUGGAUGCGGCAGAAUCAGAAGUAUGCGACUGAGGCCAGCCAGGCUUCCCGUGUCCCCUGAAGGCAGCACCGACCUCUGAUGAGAAGGUAAUUGCCAACUUCCUUUGGGCUUUGAAUCGGGCCGGCUGUGAACCCCUUCAGCCUGUCUCCGCUGGGGAUCACAAAGCCAUUGAAGCCCUUUGGAGGAAUGGCCUCUGAGGAGACAACUGCCUCAGGCAGAGAGAAGAGGAAACCUGUGGUGGAUGUCAGGGGAGAUCUGCUAAGUUCCAACAACUGGCCAACGCCUUCCUGGACAAAAAGUUCUGGAAAUUCAUGGGAUUCCACUUCCUCAGGGGGUCUCCAUGCGUCUCCUGAUGGACCUUUUCCAUUACCCCGAUCAGCCUUUGCGGGUGUCCAUCAGGGCCCAGAGACCUCCUCUUUGAAACCUGUCAGGCGGUUCAUUCCACCUUCUUGGAAGAGCUUUUUUCAAAAAUGGUGGAAAAAGCCUUUGUCAGAGACACCUUUUGUGAGGUACUCUCCAGAAGGCCUGAAAAGUUCCCCACCAGUAUCUCCAUUUUUCAACCAUCCUCAGAGGACCAUCGUUGACAGAGAAGAGAUCUCCGACGAUGAAGAGGAUGGUGAUUUUAAAAAGCCACCAUCGGCCUCCACUAGCCCUUCAAGGUACGAGAAGACGUUGCUGGCCCCAAGCCAAGGUGACCUAUCCACGGGUCCACCAAGCUAUAAGGAGAAGCUGGAGGCCUAUGACUACAAAUAUUCUUACAUGAAAUCCUGGCCGGGCCUGCUCCGGUUGAUGGGUGGCUUGGAGCUCAUAUUUGGGGGCAUGGUUUUUGCUUGCACAGCUGCCUACAUCCAGAAGGAUUACCAGUGGUCUCAACUCUAUGGUGGUAAUCUUCCCUACAACGGCCUCAUUGGGGGAGGAUAUGGGUACAACUACUAUGGCCCAAUGACUCCCUUUGUGCUGGUGGUGGCUAGCCUGGCUUGGUUAGUGACAGUGAUCCUGCUAGGCCUGGGAGUGACCAUGUACUAUAGGAGGAUCCUCCUUGACUCCCACUGGUGGCCUUUAACAGAGUUUGCCCUCAACCUCCUCAUGUUUCUACUCUACAUGGCAGCUGCCAUUGCUUAUAUCAACGAUGUCAACCGUGGAGGACUGUGCUACUCAAUCUUUGCCAACAACCCACUCAUCGUGGCUUUGUGCCGGGUCGAAGGGGGUCAAAUGGCAGCUAUCGCUUUCCUCUUUAUCACCACCUUGCUCUAUCUGACCGGAUCCCUUGUCUGUCUCAAGAUGUGGAGGCAUGAGGCUGCCAGGAAGAAAGUGGCUCUGUUAAGACUCAGGGAGAUAUCUCAUGGGGGUAGAACAUUGGCAUCCACGUCCAAGCAAAAGCCAGCCUUCCAGCCAGCUGUGCCCAAGCAGGAUGUGUCUGGGGAUGAAGCUCAGCCAGCCAGAAAGGUCACCAGGCGUGUUGAGUUUUCAGAGAAGGGCGAGGAGGACCCUGCGGUGCUAAGCUGCGCCAUCCCAACGGGCCACCUCCCCAAACCACAUGUCAUCCCAGAUUAUGUUAUAAAAUACCCAGCCAUUGGAAGCAUCACUGAGCAGGAGAAAUACAAAGCAGUCUUCAAGGACCAAUAUGCGGAGUACAAGGAGCUCUACAAUGAGGUUGGAGCUGCACGGCAGAAAUUGAAGGAACUGGGGGCCAUGAUGGACAAGUUGCCUCGCACCUAUCAGAAUAAGAAGGACCAAGGCAGGUUUUCUACAGUGAGGAUGGAAUACGAGAACAAGAAGAAGGAUCCAGCCUUUUUGGAGAAGCAGGAACGGUGCGAUUAUCUGAAAAAGAAGCUCACGCACAUCAAGGCUCAGAUACAGGCAUAUGACAGAGAGGCAGAAGAAGGCUCUGUGCACCUCUGAGGCCCCUCCGGAUGCAGCCCCCGUCUGGCCUUGUGCAAGGGACUUGACUUUUUGAUGUGCAAACUGGAGAACUGGCUCGGAUUUGGGGAGGGGGUUGUGGAUCAGUGGGGCAGGCAUUCGAGUCCUGGACUCCUGCCCAGGACUGUAUCCAGGCAGUGACCUCCCCUCCGCACACACACACACCCCUCUGAGCAACGGGAAGCUGAGAACAUUUCUCAGGCUGGAGGGAGAGCAGGUUAGAGGUCUCCUGGAUUAUGUUGGAUGGUGAGCUGUCGCCUGCAGUGGGAUUGCCAACUGACAGAAAGCUGCCCUGCCUGGCUCUGCAUCCCAGGUCUUUCUUUGGGGCGCAAUCUACAAAACUUAGCAUGGCAGAUUUUUUUCAAGGCAUGGAUGUUUAAGCAACAUUUUCUUUUUCUUUUAAUUUUUAUUUUAAAAGAAAAACAAUAAACGAUACAUACAGAA